AUGGCUCUUCGUUUCCAGACAAACUACGAUUUUCAAGAUGUCCCAAUCCCAACUACCCGCCAGCCCCCCUCUACAGGCGCCACCAUUCGUCGCGCAAAGACUCUCACCAAGCCAGAGCGUGGUGUCGCCCCAGUUCCCCUCAUAAAUCCUCCCCAUCUUCUUCCUACUUCUCCAGGUCAUCCAGCUGCAUCUAGUCCAGACGACUACAAUGGCUCCACUCCUUGGCGCAUCUUUUCCAGGGUCGUCACCUUUUGGGCCCCCGCCGUUCUCCUUAGCUCCGUCGGUGGUCUCAAGGACAAGGCAGUCAGGCAGGCGUGGAGAGAAAAAUUUGCCCUCUGCUUCAUCAUUGCCAUUCUCUGUUGCGUUAUUGGCUUCAUCACCGUUGGCUUCCAGAAGGUCCUCUGUCCCGAGACCGUCGCUACCCAGUUUAUUCGCUACAACUCUACCUUUGCCCAUGGUACUCUCGCCAUCAGAGGCUCGAUAUUCAAUGUCUCUUCGGCAAAGUCUCCCGCAGACGUCAAUCUGAUCGACAUGGCACAGAAGCUUCCCGGACAAGACGCCACGACCUUUUUUCAACGCGACGCUGCAGAGUUUAAAGCUUGUCAUGGUCUCAACUUUCGGGUUGCGGUCGACCCUCCAUGUUCGACCAUCACUCCGUGUCCCCUAGGCCCCAUCAAUGCCUCCUCUACUUUCUCUGGUCUCAAUAUCUUCAAGACUGACUUUAUUGCAGGUUAUUCGUGGGACCAAGUCGCAACCUUGCGCAGCUACUUUGUUCUGGAUGGUGCUGUCAUCAAUCUUUCCCCCUAUCUCGCCACUCAUAACAAUCCUAUUCCAUCCGACAAUGUUGACACCGCAAUUCGCACUAUUCUCAGGGCAGGCGCAGGCGACAGUGGCAAGGAUGCGACUAGAUUAUUUGACAACAGAGCUGAUCUUAAAAAGGCCCUACCUUGCAUCAAGGAGCGCUAUUACGCAGGCAACAUUGACAAAGUCACUCCCGGCUGUUUCGUUUCCAGUCUCUUCCUCUAUGCCGGCCUAAUCGUCAUUCUCGGCCUUGUGUUUGUUCGUUUCGUCAUGGCGUGUAUCUUCAAUUGGUUCCUCUCCGAACGUCUGGCAGGGCCACCUAAUAGUCAAGACCUGAACAGAUCAGCCAUCAGUCCUGCAGUUAUGCCCGAGGGUGCCAACAUAUCAGUUGACAACACCAAUGGGACUGCUCCUUGGACUGCUGGACAGAAGAGGUUGGUUAAGCCGAACAAAAUCGGUCAAGCCCUCAGCUCUUCGUCCAGUGCCACUCUCAUUAACCAGGAUGCGACGGCGGCCCCUAUUAUGAGUCUCGCACAAAUUGGAGCCGAACUCUUUGCAGUCUGCCUAGUUACGUGUUACUCAGAGGGUGAAGAAUCUCUGAGAACUACUCUCGAUUCCAUCUCCACUACUACAUAUUCGGAUGCUAGGAAGCUUCUCUUUGUGGUAGCCGACGGGAUGAUCACUGGUGCUGGGGAAAAGAAAAGCACCCCUGACAUUUGUGUUGGCUUGCUCGAAGCCGACCCGAGGUUUGGAAACCCCAUGCCAAUGUCCUACACCUCGGUCGGCACAGGAGCCAAGGCUCAAAAUCGUGCAAUGGUGUACGCAGGGCAUUAUACGGUUGCUGGGCGUCGUACACCAACAGUCAUCGUUGUCAAAUGUGGCACUGAUGCUGAAUCAGUAUCUGACAAGAAACCAGGCAAUCGUGGUAAACGGGAUAGCCAGCUCAUUUUGAUGAACUUUUUCUCGCGCGUGACUUACAAUGAUCGUAUGACGCCACUUGACUUCGACCUUUUCCGUAAGAUUCAUAUCCUAAUGGGUGUUACACCGGAUUUCUUCGAGGUCUGCCUAAUGGUUGACGCUGACACAAAAGUUUUCCCUUCGUCGCUUAAACAUCUGGUCAACUGUAUGCAUCACGACCAAAUGAUCAUGGGUGUCUGUGGCGAGACCCGGAUAGCCAAUAAACGCCAAUCAUGGGUGACUGCCAUCCAAGUUUUUGAAUAUUUCAUUUCCCAUCAUCUGGCGAAAGCUUUUGAGUCCGUAUUUGGAGGUGUUUCUUGUCUACCCGGUUGUUUCUCCAUGUUUCGUCUCAAAGCGAGGAAAACAAACGGUGAUGAUUGGGUGCCUUUAAUCAUCAAGCCGGAAAUUGUCAAGGAGUACAGCCAGAGCGAGGUCACCACCCUCCAUCAGAAGAACCUACUGCUGCUAGGAGAGGAUCGAUUCCUUACCACUAUUCUUCUCAGGACUUUUCCAAACAGGAAAAUGAUGUUUUUGCCUCAGGCAAGAUGUAGAACAAUUGUCCCGGACACCUUCAAAAUUCUUUUAUCUCAGCGACGUCGAUGGAUCAACUCAACUAUUCAUAAUCUUAUGGAACUUGUACUUGUACGGAACCUUUGCGGGACAUUUUGCUUCAGCAUGCAGUUUGUUGUCUUCAUGGACUUACUCGGGACUGUCGUCCUUCCCAUUGCCAUUGCUCUGACGUAUGCCUUGAUCAUUUCGAUGGCUAUUAAUCCGCCCAACACAUUCGAAGAAGCUAUUCCUCUCAUGCUUCUCAUCGCUGUUUUAGGUCUUCCAGCGGUUCUCAUUCUUAUCACAACAAGGAAAGUGGUCUACGUUUUCUGGAUGCUAGUCUACUUGCUUGCUUUGCCUGUCUGGAAUUUCAUUUUACCACUAUAUGCCUUUUGGCAUUUUGACGACUUUUCAUGGGGUGAAACAAGAAAAGUUGAAGGUGAAGGCAAAGAUACUGGACAUGGUGGUGGCGGUCGUGGUGGCAAUGGGCCUGAGGUGCCAAUGCGGCGAUGGGAAGACUGGGAGCGUUCCAGAUUGAGGAAGUUGAAGCGGGAAGAGAGACGCCGAAAGGAUUUCGAACGAACGCACCCUUCAGGCGUUUUCUUUGGAUCAGAACGCGAUUUCCUUGUUGCCCCGGACACACGUAGUCAGUAUGACGGGUCCGAUACAUUCUCGCUCAACUCCUCAGACGAUGAUCAUUGGGGGACUCAAAUUGGUGGAUACAACGAACACAACGCCCAGUUCCCUCCCCCUCCUGUAGGUCUCAUUCUACCCCAAGACGAGGCCCUGCAAACUGCGAAGACGGUCGGGGGUGCUGAGCUAGAAGCCAUGUUGGAAAUGGGAUUCGACGACAAGCCAACGCCCCCAAGUUCAACUUAUGUUCCCCGGUACCAACUAACUGACGGCUCAACGACACAACUUGCUAAUCUCAGUGGCAAUGGAUACUCUCCGCUGACUAGAUCGAGCUCUCCAGGAGGACCUCCACUGCAAAACACAUUAUCGCCCACAACCCCCAACACGCCUCUUCCCCAUGAACCAUCGCCUCCUCGAAGAGCACCUCCUCGAUCAGGAAGUGGUGGUGCCUCAAGAAACACCCCUGGCGAGAAAUAUGGACCCCUCGGUCCCCUAGAUCCAUCGGCAAAGUUCUAA